UGCUGCAGACGUCAAACUUUGAAACUUCCGGUGAUCGAUUGGGCGGCGAAGCGGUUGAAAGCCCUUCGUAUUUUGACAAUUCAGGCUACGCUCUGUACGUUUUGAUACAAGACCAUUUUACCAAGGAAUCAGAAAAUGGACGAAGCCAAGUUUCUAAAGAGGAAAGUAAGAUCGGGAAAUCUAGACGUCCAUCCAACAGAAAAAGCACUGGUUGUUAAUUAUGACGUAGAGGCACUAAUACUUGGGGAACUUGGCGACCCAAUGCUCGGUGAUCGUAAGGAAUGCCAGAAAAUAAUACGUCUCAAAAGUUUAAAUGCUGACACAAACGUAGCCCUUCUUGCUAAAGAAGUUAUGGAAAAAUGUAGCUUGAUACACGAGUCUAAAUUACCCGAAGUUGAACAACUUAUCUACUACCUGCAAACUCGACGAACCAAUGAAGACUCUGCAGAUAUGAGCCUCCAGCCUUCCAGGCCAACGUCUUCUCAGGCAACUAAUGCUGAGCGUAAUGGAGAAGUUGAGAGGGCUGUCAUAAGCAGCAUUGACAAUUAUAUUGAACUAAUGUAUGAAGAAAUACCAGGUAAAGUGAGGGGUUCUGCUCUCAUUCUGCAACUGGCACGAGUCCCUGAUAAUCUUCUAGAGUUGACAAAAAAUGAAUCCCUGCUGAGUGCUCUGGCAAGAGUGCUAAGAGAGGAUUGGAGGCGGAGUAUCGAACUGUCAACUAACAUUGUCUACAUAUUUUUCUGUUUCUCAACUUACAGUCAAUUUCACAGUAUUGUAUUGGAAUGUCGGAUUGGCUCUCUGUGUAUGGACAUAAUUGACUUUGAACUUGGCCGUUAUGAUCAGUGGAGGGAUGACAUGGACAAACGGCGACGACAUUUUGAGAGUGCUACAGGCUUGUCGCUUCUACCCAUUGAAUCUGGGAAUAAUUUAGAUAAGCGGAGUGUGAAUAGUGAUGAGAUUUGGAAUGCGGAUGGCCCGCUUGACUUUGAAGUCAAAAGAAGAUCUGUUGAAUUGACAGGUGCUAUUGUGGACGCUGACAUUAGUAGAAUGAAGGAAGAUAUCGAAAAAAGUCGAAAAAAGUUUAAGAGCUUGACAAAAAAACAAGAUCAACUGUUGAGAGUUGCAUUUUACUUGUUAUUGAACAUUGCCGAGAGUACAGAAGUUGAACGCAAGAUGCGUAAAAAAAACGUUAUUGGGAUGUUAAUUAAAACAUUGGACCGUGGUAACACGGAUUUGUUAAUCCUGGUUGUAACAUUUUUGAAAAAGUUAUCAAUUUUCCGAGAGAACAAGGAUCUAAUGGCCGAUCUGAAUGUAAUUGAGAAGCUACCAAGACUGCUCCACAACAGCAAUCCAGACUUGAUUCAGAGCACCUUGAAACUUUCGUUUAAUCUUUCGUUUGAUACAAAAUUGAGAACAAAAAUGAUAAGGGUUGGCUUAUUGCCAAAACUAGUAACAUUACUUGUCCAAAGUGAGAUUAAGAAUAAAACUACGAUACUCGGCUUACUCUACCAUCUAAGCAUGGACGACAAAGUGAAAUCCAUGUUCACCUACACUGACUGCAUUCCAAUGGUCACGGACAUGUUAUUGGUUUCUGACGACAAUCAAAUAAAACCAGAGCUGACAGCCUUGUGUAUAAAUUUGGCAGCUAAUAAAAGGAAUGCCCAGCUGAUGGUCGAAAAUAACAUACUGCAGGGGCUGAUCAGACGUGCCUUCAGAACACAGGAUCCGUUGAUCAUGAAAAUGAUAAGAAACAUAUCUCAACACGACUCAACUAAAGAGAGCUUCGUUGAGUUUGUUGGCGAUUUUGCAACAGCUCUGACCCAGUCAGAUUCUCAAGACUUUGUCCUGGAGAUUGUCGGUGUGCUAGGUAACUUGACUCUUCCAGAUCUAGAUUAUUCCCAAAUAUUACGACGCUGCAAUCUUAUACCUUGGAUACGCAACAACCUUGUUCCAGGAAAAGCUCAAGAUGAUUUGGUGCUUGAAGUAGUAAUAUUUCUGGGUACUGCAGCUUGUGACGAAAUGUGUGCCCGUCUGAUGUGCAAGGCUGAUAUCCUGCUGUCCCUUGUAGAGCUCUUGAAAGCGAAACAAGAAGAUGAUGAAAUAGUCUUACAGAUAAUUUACGUAUUUUAUCAAAUUGCUAAACACGAUUCAACGAGAGACUAUUUAAUCCGAGAAACUGGUAAUGAAGCUCCUGGCUAUCUCAUAGACCUGAUGCAUGAUAAGAAUCCAGUGAUUCGAAAAGUUUGCGACGCGUGUUUGGACGUUAUUGCGCUGUGCGAUGAGAGCUGGGCAGCUAGAAUAAAAGUAGAGAAAUUUCGAUCACACAAUCAACAGUGGUUGGAAAUGGUAGAAUCAGUAGCACUAGACCCUUCCAAUCAUCUUAUGCCGGACGACGAUGACAGCCUUCCGCCAUUCGCCAGCGGAGAUCUUUUGAAGCAUACAAUGCUGUUUCCAACAGGCAACCCUGCUUCGCUUAACGCGGAGGAUGGUGAACUUAUGGCUAGAACAUUGUCAGACUCAUCAGAAAUUUCCAGCCGACCAGUCAGUCGGUACAGUAGAGAUUUAGAGGAGAUGGGGGAAACCAUGGCAGUCCGCUCCAAGUCUCGUUUGUCUAUCAAUUCUGGGUUAGAGGACCUCUACGAUUCGAAAAUUAAAUUCAAUGAAUCUAAUUUUUCCCAUGUACUUAUAUGAGGAAUCCCAGACAGACACAAUUAAUAAUAGAGUUCAUGUAAGAUUAUUUAUUUAUUUAUUUACUUGAUGAGCGCAUACACACACGCGCUACAUACUCAUGUAGACAUACAGAUUUUUUUCAUUUUUGUUAUUUUGGAAGCAUGGACUGUUGCAAGUGUUACCUAAUAUGUAUAAAUACUAGUUUACUUGUUUAGUUUCUCUCCAUGAGUGAAGCAAUAUUAUGUGGCAUUUUAUAAAUAUAUGGUUACUUUGCUAUACA